AUGAUGCCUAAUCGACGACGUCGUCAAGAAGUUCGACCAUUGAUGAAUGGUCAUGUUGUACGUGAUGUGUUUGAUUUUAAUCAUCAUGCUGAUGAUCAUAUUCAUCGUAAUCGUGUAACAAAAAAAUGGAUUCUAUUCCGUAUUUUUUGCGUUACAUUGAUAUUAUUUCUAACCGGAAAUUAUCUUUAUCAAUUAUUGGAUCAAUCAUAUGAUGAUGUUACACGUUGUUCAUCGGAAAAUUGUAAUGAAUUCUCUAUCGAUUGGUCAACAUUGGUAUUACAAAAAUGGACAAAUAAUUAUGUUGGCACAUCCGAUUUGAUUGGUGUACAUCGAUUCUAUAUAUACAAUAUAAGCGAUAUACCAGCAUUUAAAGAUCGUAUUGAAAGUAUACGUACACAUAGCCGUCCAAAUCAACGUAUUUCCAUUAAUGAAAUUGGUCCAUACACAUUCAACACCCGAGAGACGAAAAAACGAAUCGAAUUUUUAUUCAAUGAAAAAACAAUCAAAUAUGACCAACAAACAUCAUAUCAAUUCAAUGAAUCAGCAUCGAUCGGAUCGUUGGAACAAAAAUAUUGGGUUAUCAAUAACGAAUUGGCCGUAAUUGGUCCAUAUUUAUCUAAAUUGUUUCAACAACUUGCACCACAUGAUCGUCAACAAGGAUUAUCAUUUCAACAACGUGCAUUAUCCAAAACAAUAUUGGAUAUAUUUUAUUCAAACAUAUUGGUAGAACGAUCAGUUAAACGAAUUUUAUAUGGUCCCGAUUGGAAUGAACCGGUAGAAUUUGAUUAUAUUCAUUUACAACGUUUAGAACGAUUAAUUGGUUUACGAUUGGUGGAUGAUUUUCUUGUAAAACGAAAAGAUAAUCUCCCCGUUAAUGUAUCCGAUGAAGCAACAUUACAGAUUUCAUAUAUUUUACAACAAUUUGAUGAUCAAUUUCAACAUUUUGUUCAGAUUAAUGAAUUUUUAAAUCUAAUUAAUAGUGCCUAUGAUAAUCGUUUAGAUCAAAUUCCAGAUGUUAAUUCAAAAUUCCUUCGUACAUCGAUUGGAUUUUUGAAUAGUUUUCAACGUCCACAACAUUGGUUGAUUAGUAUGGAAAAAAGAAACGUAUAUCCGGCCGUAAUCGAAUGGAAUGGUCGAAGAAAUAUUGAUCAUCCACAAAAAUGGUGCGAUGAAUUAUUGCUUGGAUCCAAUAAUGAACAAUUAUUAUUUGAAUUGAAUAAUUUCAUACCACAAUUAUGUGGUACAACAACAUUGUUAUACGAUAUUAGCCAUAAUAGUCAGGCAAAUAGUUAUAUUUGUAAAUUUCGACAACCAAGAUCAAAAAUAUCAAUGGUUCAAACAGUCAUGUUAAAUGUCGAUAAUUAUUGUCCAAGAUUUAAACAACAAUCAUCAUUAUAUGAAUAUGAUGGAUCUAGUUGCCAUGAUUAUCGUUGUGUUGAUUUGGCCAAUUGUUUUGGUGGUACACGUGUACGUUCACAGCCAUUAUUAGAAACAGAUCAACCAACAGAUGUUGAAUUUGAUACGACAACCGGUUUGAUGAUUACAAAAUUGGAACAUUAUCUUCUAUCCGUUGGACUUUAUCUCAACACUAUACACAUUAAUCCAGAUUUCAUCGAUAUUGAUCCAAAUGAAGAUUUUUUUGCACCAAUGAUACGAAAUAUUCAUGUCCAAGAGAUGUAUAAUCCAUGGAAUUCGUGGACCAUAUUCAUUAUUUAUAUUUUAAAAACAACCAUAAUAAUCAAUGCAUUCGUUAUGGCAUUCAUAAUGUUGACAUUUGAUUUAUUUCAAACAUUUUUUCUUGUUUAUGAAACAGAAUGA